AUGACUCACGAAUCCGUGUGGUACAGCCGUCCCCGCAAGUUCGGCAAGGGCUCCCGUGAAUGCCGUGUUUGCGCCCACCGCGCCGGUCUCAUCCGCAAGUACGGGAUGAACAUCUGCAGACAGUGCUUCCGUGAGAAGGCUCAGGACAUCGGUUUCUACAAGCAUUGGCUGGCAAAUGAGGAGCAGUUUACUAACAAUCUAUUUCCCAACCGACAGUUCCGUUAA